AAAAUAAACAGGUUAAUAUUUUCAAAAAAAAAACAUUUAAAUCUAGGGUUUCAAAAACCAAAAAUAAUAAUAAAAAAAAUUGCCAUUCUUUUCCUCUUUCUCUCUCUUCUUCUUCGAACAGAUUUUUCGUUCCCCCUCCCCUCCUCUCCCUUUUACCAUUUUCCCUCGCUUUCGCUCUCCUCUCCAUCUUUCUCUCUCUUCUCGAGAGAAAGAGAAUUGCAGUUCUCUCUCUUCUCGUCUCUUUCUCUCUUUUUAAGAAAUUUUCCUCCAUUUUUCUUGCGCUUUCAGAUCACUCACCUACCCGUCGCUUAUUAUCUGGAUUGUUAUCAUUAUCAUUAUUAUUGCUGAUUGAUUAUUUGAGGAGUUUGGCUCACGUCGACGAUCUGGGAGAAUCGCUGAUUUGGUUUGAUAGAGGAAAGGGUGGGGUGAGGGGGGCACAUUUGUGAUUUUUUGAUACCCGGUGAGGGCCGGGGAAGAAUACAAUCAGAGAGGGAGGCUAUUAGGUAUUUGAUUGAUUUAUAUGUAGGUUUGGUCAAGUUAAGUUAGAGAGAGAGACUUGGCUGAAUUACUUGGUUGAGUUUGAAUGCAUUCGGAACUUUGUGUCAAUUUCUGAUUUAUGGAAAGAGAUACCGUAUCUUUCCCUUCGAAGAGCCUGGAAGAACAAUGCUGUGAUUGUGGAUGUAGUUGUUCUUUGACAGUUAGCUCUUCGUCGGAUGGGCCUUGGUUUCGGUCGGUGAAGAGGAAACACAAUGAGUUUGAGAACAGCGGCCGUUUACAGAUUCCAGGCCUUGACAACUGGCCUGUUGCGCGUGUUGGGAUUGAAAAAGAGUGUGCAAUUCUACGAGAAACGCUUGGCAGCCAGCAGGCUACGAUUCAGGAGUUAUGUUUGGAGUUGGAAGAAGAGAGGAACGCUGCUUCCUCUGCUGCUAAUGAGACCAUGUCCAUGAUUUUGAGGCUGCAGAGGGAGAAGGCAGAGGUCCAAAUGGAAUCUCGGCAGUUUAAGCGUUUUGCUGAGGAGAAAAUGUCACACGAUUCUCAAGAGAUUUCCGCCUUGGAGGAGGUGUUAUACAAAAGAGAACAAAUCAUUCAGUCCCUUACAUGUGAAAUUCAGGCCUAUAAGCACAGAAUGAUGAGCUAUGGCCUGACAGAAUCUGAGGCAGAGGGAUUGAAGGGCAAUUAUAGUCGCAACGAGAGUUUUUCUAGUGAUUUGGCAGGUGCUGUUGACUCUCACAUGUAUUCUUAUCCUCCACUAAGGUGCAAUUUGUAUGGAUCACAAGAGCAAUUAGAGCUUGAAGAUGAUGUUGAUAUUGAAAAUUACCCAUUUGGUGAUACUCCAAGAAAUCAAGAUCUGAAGAGUUUGGAAUACAGGAUCAAUCAAUUAGAAGGAACUCCUCAUGAUGUUCAAAUGAAUGGGGACUUUAGCUCUAGGAAUGUUCUGGAGAAGGUUAUCGUUGGUCAGUCUCCAAGGUGGACUAAACAUUCGAGGAAGGUUUCCACUGAUAGUUCAGGAUGGGGGCUUGGUAGAGAUAUGGGGCCAGAUCAGGGAAUGGAAUCUCCAAGGUUCGGUACCAGCUUCAAAAAACUUGAUUGUGUGGCUGAGGAAUUAAGAAAGUCAGACAGUGCAUCCGAAUAUGAAGAUGAUAUGAGUGAUAGAGUUUAUACCAUUGAUUCUAUACAUCCUGGGGCACCAUAUAACCAUUAUGUGGAAUCCAAGGUUGCUUCAAAGUUGGGUGAUGAGUAUGUAUCAACGCCAAAAUCACUAGGUCGUGGAGAUCUGGGAGAUCCUGAAGUUAAGAAGCUAUACCUGAGACUUCAGGCUCUCGAGGCUGAUAGAGAGUCAAUGAGGCAGACAAUUAUGUCAAUGCAGACCGACAAAGCACAGUUUAUGUUACUAAGAGAAAUUGCUCAACAGUUGUGUAGAGAUAUGACACCUGCUAGGCGCAUGCCUGCUCAGAAGUCAUCUAUUGUGAGGAGCUUUUCCUUCAUGGCAGCGUUCAAGUGGAUCAUGUCCUUCGUUUUCUGGAGAAAGAAAGCACGUCAAAGCAAGUAUAUGUUUGAAUUGACGGCAAAUAAUGUGGGUCUGCUAAUUCUCUUGGAUAAAAGCCCACACUCUAAACUCUGGAGAUGUGUUUCAUCCACACAAGUUAAAUAAGCUGAGCUACCGAAGUUGUAGCUAGUUUGUCAAUAUAAAGCUGCUUUUUCGAGCUUGCCUUUAAAUCAACAUUAGUUUCUGGAUUUAUUGAAAAAAGGUUGUUUGUGCAGCGUUCUUUAUAAUUCAUUUCAUACCCCUCUACCCUCCAUUGAAAAGUUUGGGGUUUUGGGUAUGCUCAACUGGUUCUUGAGCAAAAAUCAUGUGAUAUAGGCCAGUGAGCAGUUUGCCUUUUCUGAAUAUUAGGUUUUGAGGUAGGUGUUUUGGCAAAUUAUCCUGUAUAGUUCAGAUUCAUGUAUGACUACGUUGGAUUGCUGCUCUUUUUCUUUUUUUCUUUUUACUUUCAGAGUGAAAAAAUGAAAUUAUAUUUCUUAAUC